CUGGCCUUCUCCUAAUACCUUCAGGUUCUUCCUCACCUGGCCUGCCUGGCUUCUCUUAAUGCCUUCAGGUUCUUCCUCACCUGGCCUGCCUGGUCUUCUCUUAAUGUCUUCAGGUUCUUCCUCACCUGGCCUGCCUGGCCUUCUCUUAAUGUCUUCAGGUUCUUCCUCACCUGGCCUGCCUGGCCUUCUCUUAAUGUCUUCAGGUUCUUCCUCACCUGGCCUGCCUGGUCGCCUCCUUAUAUCUUCAGGUUCUUCCUCACCUGGCCUGCCUGGUCGCCUCCUUAUAUCUUCGGGUUCUUCCUCACCUGGCCUGCCUGGUCGCCUCCUUAUAUCUUCAGUUCUUCCUCACCUGGCCUGCCUGGCCUUCUCUUAAUGUCUUCAGGUUCUUCCUCACCUGGCCUGCCUGGCCUUCUCUUAAUGUCUUCAGGUUCUUCCUCACCUGGCCUGCCUGGUCGCCUCCUUAUAUCUUCAGGUUCUUCCUCACCUGGCCUGCUUGGCCUUCUCUUAAUGUCUUCAGGUUCUU